CCAACUCAUCUUCACCUGUACACCCACACACCCAAUGAACACAUGCACCGAGAAAAUACACCCUUCCACCCCCACACACACCAAGCAGCCCACAACAUGGGCCAACGAACGACCGCGCCAGUGAGUGUAUCAGCUCCUUUGGGCCGCCACUCCUGUCGCACUCGUCGGUUGCCCCCCCUCCCCCGCCCCCUCCCUCUUGCCGCCUUGGUCGUCGCCCGUCAUGUGUUCCAUUUUCUCGUUUUGGGGUACGAGGAGUAUGAUGGGCAGGUACAUGAGCACGGCGGCCGUGUAGACGUGGGCGGUGAUGAGAAAGGUCUGCCUGUAUCCGUUGAGUGACGUGUCGGCGAUGACGCCGCCCAGGACGGCACUGCCGCUCCAGGUGAAGCGCGUCACGCCCUGGAUCGACGCCCAACGCGCACGGAACCGACGGGGCACGUAGUCCUGCGAACAAAGAGCGCACACAUGACAUGCACACAGACAUUCAUGCAGGUCGUUCGUCUGCAGCUGCUGCGCUCGCCCACUCACCAUGGUGAUCGACCGGUCUAUCGGGGAGCGAGCAUUCUGUUCGAUCACACAGACAGGAAAACACGUCUUCCGUCGUCCCUCCCUCCCUGAGAUCCUCACCUGUAUGCCACCCCUGACGAGGAAGAGAGCGAGGAAGAGUGCGAACGGAGUGACGUACGCGAGUGAGUAGAGGCAGAGGCACCCGAUGAGGGCCAUGACCCACGCCGUCACAGGCCGCCCCACCCUCUUGGUCACGCGCGAUGCCAGGCCCAUGAAGACCACCAUGGCCAGCUGCUGCAGCACCAGCACCGUGCACACCCCUGAUGGCGACAGCUGGUAGUCGUUCUUGCUGCACACACAUAACAUACACACACAGGCGGGGAGAGAGACAACAUGAGCAAUGCCUGUCUUUCUGUCUGUCUGUGCUGUUGAAGGCCCACAAGAAGAGUGGAAAGAACUUGACCGUCACUGAUCGACCGAACACACGUAAGAGAGAGAGAGAUGUACUUGCCCUUGUCAAAUCAUGUGUCUGUCGUGUGCGUCGGCUUACUCCCAGCCCCGAUCGCCAGCGUGAAGUCGCACAUGGAGAUCAAUAUCGGCACCGCCCAGCCCGCAACCGUCCGGCCGCCCAACACGGGCAAGUCACCCUCACCAUCGCACUCCAAAUGCACCACAUGGUCAUCUUGGUCCAGCAGGGGCGUCGACAAGCCGUUGUUGAUGCUCGUCCGCCGCCUCUCUACGUCGCUGUUGCCGUUGAGAGCAGUAUCGUCCGCCAGAAUGCGCCGCUGUCUUGCCCUAUUGGGGCAGAAGAACCGUUUGGCGUGGGUCAGUACGUCGUUGACCCGCCUGGCCGAGUACUGGUGCAGGAAACAGACGUGCCGCUCAUCCACGUCGAAUGAGAGGACCGAGUUGUGGUUCUGCUGGCUAUAGCUGCGGUCGAGACUCUCGUGGGGCGAGUCGUCACUGCCGCUGUCGAUCGACGUGGUCUGGUCCGAUGCCGAUGUGCUCGCGAGCGAUGUCGGCUGCUGCUGCCGCUGCUGCUGCUCUAGCGGAUGGUGUGGGGUGGGGUUGGUCGUCAUGAAGGCGAACACGAUCACGAGCGGCCAGAUGAUGAGCCCCGAGAGCAGCACAUAGUGCAAAGGGCCGAUCUCCCACACAUUGCCGAGAAAGUAAAACAUGACGAUCUCGAUGGCCGGGCCGAGUGAGAAGCCCAGCUGCCCCAGUGACGCCUUGAUGGUGUUCAUCUUUGACCGCCGGCCGGGCAGCACCGCGUCGGCAUACAAAGCCUCCCCCACGGCAUAGUUGCUUUGCCCCGCGAUGCCCCACAGACACAGCCCCACAUAGAGCGCGUGAAGCUGGUCGAACCCAAUGCCGAUGACGAAGCACACCACCGCACAUGUGCCGACGAUGGCGGCCACGCGCAUGAGGAGCGGCCGCUCGAACCGGUCGAGCAGGCAGACGGCAGGGAUGGUCAUGACGAGGCUCGUGAGGCCGGUGAUGCUCUCGGCCACGCCGACGAUGGUGUUGGAGGGCUGGUGGUCCCGGGUGUAGUUCUUGCUGACUUCAUAGAGGUACGUGUCGAAAAUCCCGUAGAGGCUGAUGCUGUUGAUCACUCGAAUCAACACCCACUGCGCGAUGAGCACCUGUAGGGUGCCACGUACACACCCAACCACCAGCCACCACACAAAGAAUGGACGUACACAGAGACAAAAAAGUGUGUUCGUGUGUCUGUCUGUGGCUGCUGACUUUGACGUUUCGAUUGAAGAGCGGCGGCGGUGAGGGCUGCUUGCCCUCUGCAAUCACGCUGACAUCCUCACUGAGUCUCCCGACGGCCUCCUCGCUGGCAGGCCGUUCGAUGGCCUCCGACUGCCUCACUUCGGCCAUGGCUGCACAGCUGAGCGUUGGGGGAUCGACGGGAAGCCCUUUCUUGGGCAGUUUGUCUGGC